UUUCUCCUUGCACAAAAGCCCCGGCAAAGAAAACUCUUGGAAAGCUCGGAGCAGGAGGAGCCGGGAGCCGGACGGCCACCGAUCUCGCUGUCCUGGCGCUGCAGUUGUGUGGCCCCUCGAACUGGAGACGUUGUUGCAACUGUGAAGGAACUAAAUUCGAUUUUGUAGGAGCCUUAUUUUUUCGUUUGUUUGUUGGUAGAGGUUCUCCUUUUCCUCCACCCCCCCUUCGCUCUCCCGAUCGUUUUUUUUUUGCUUGGGGAUAAAGGGGGAUACACAAGGGGGAGAAAAAGUAAAGGAAUAUGAUUGCUUCGUGGUUGACUUUCGCCUUUCUUUGUGGAACUUUCUGUGCAGGGCCAGGUCAUGGGGAGGCAGAGACGAGAGAAUGCAUCUACUACAAUGCCAACUGGGAGCUGGAGAAGACCAAUCAGAGCGGUGUGGAACGCUGUGAAGGAGAGAAGGACAAACGGCUCCAUUGCUAUGCUUCUUGGAGAAACAACUCUGGCUCCAUUGAGUUGGUGAAGAAAGGCUGCUGGUUAGAUGACUUCAACUGCUAUGACAGGCAAGAAUGUGUAGCCACAGAAGAGAACCCUCAAGUGUUUUUCUGCUGCUGUGAGGGGAACUAUUGCAAUGAGAAAUUUACGCACUUACCUGAAGUAACUGGUCCAGAAGUAAUAUACGAGCCACCACCACCAACACCCUCACUACUCAACAUUCUGGUUUACUCUCUGCUUCCAAUUGCUGUUCUGUCAAUGGCCAUUCUCUUGGCCUUCUGGAUGUACCGUCACCGAAAGCCCCCCUAUGGGCACGUUGACAUUAACGAGGAUCCUGGUCCACCACCCCCUUCUCCAUUGGUUGGCCUUAAGCCAUUGCAAUUAUUGGAGAUCAAAGCUAGGGGGCGCUUUGGCUGUGUCUGGAAGGCUCAGCUGAUGAAUGACUAUGUAGCAGUGAAAAUCUUCCCCAUACAGGAUAAACAAUCCUGGCAGAGUGAGAGAGAAAUCUUCAACACCCCUGGCAUGAAGCACGAAAACCUUUUGCAGUUUAUUGCAGCAGAGAAGCGAGGAACAAACUUGGAGAUGGAGCUAUGGCUGAUUACAGCUUUCCAUGACAAGGGCUCUCUGACAGAUUACCUGAAGGGGAAUAUUAUCAGCUGGAAUGAACUCUGCCAUGUUGCAGAAACGAUGGCCCAUGGACUGUCCUACCUACAUGAAGAUGUCCCCUGGUGUAGAGGGGAAGGACACAAACCUGCCAUAGCACACAGGGACUUCAAGAGUAAAAAUGUGUUGUUGAAGAAUGACUUGACAGCAGUUCUAGCUGACUUUGGACUGGCUGUACGGUUUGAGCCUGGAAAGCCUCCAGGGGACACCCAUGGACAGGUGGGAACAAGGAGGUACAUGGCGCCUGAGGUGUUAGAGGGGGCAAUCAACUUCCAGCGAGAUGCCUUCCUGAGAAUAGACAUGUAUGCAAUGGGACUAGUAUUGUGGGAGUUAAUCUCCAGGUGCACAGCAGCUGAUGGUCCAGUGGAUGAGUAUAUGCUGCCUUUUGAAGAGGAGAUAGGUCAGCAUCCAUCCCUUGAGGACCUGCAGGAAGUGGUGGUUCACAAAAAGAUGCGGCCUGCUUUCAAGGAUCACUGGCUGAAACACCCUGGUUUGGCACAGCUCUGUGUUACAAUUGAAGAAUGCUGGGACCAUGAUGCAGAGGCUCGGCUUUCGGCAGGCUGUGUCGAGGAGCGCAUUUCUCAGAUCCGUAAAUCAGUAAACGGCACUACCUCGGACUGCCUCGUUUCCAUCGUGACAUCUGUCACCAACGUGGACUUGCCACCCAAAGAGUCUAGUAUCUAAGUCCUGGUUCACUUUUGUCUUUCCAGACUCAGUGGAUUUAAAAAAAGUUUAAAAACCCAACAAACACAUGAAUGCAGCUGCUAUUUUAUCUUGACUUUUUAUUAUUAUUAUUGUUGUUGUUGUUUUUUGGAUUGGAUCAAUUUUACCAGCACAUUGCUCUACUGUAUUAAAAAAAGACAUCUCAGCAAGCAUUCAGGUGCCGACUAAUGAAUGCAGAAAAGGUGCAGGUACCUCAGCACCUCAACAAACUCACUUCAGUUGUGUUUUUUUUUUUUAUUCAGUUUUCUGGGUUUCUCUUUAUUGGUCUGUCUUCAACACAGAGCAUCUCUGACAUAAAGGAAAACCACGUACCAUCUUAGAAAACGCAAUGCUGCAAACUUUGGAGGAAACUUAAGACUGUUACAUAAGAUUACACCUUCCUCAAAAGGAUUAUUUUCCCCAAUUUUCUUUUUUUAGACAGUGAGCUUCAAAAAGAAACAAACAGCAGAUGUGUCUUUUACGGAUCUAACGGGUGUCAUUGUAAUGGGAAAAAAACACAAGAAACUGGGAAGAGAAUGUUAACUCUUUGGUGGUAAAAUUAAAGGGGGGUGUUUAGUAUAGGAGAAGGGGAGAGUGAUGUUGGACUUUGCAGCAUUUGGAGAAACAUCAUUUGCUAUGGAGCUACUUCUCAGGUAACCAGUUAAUGAGGGGAAGAACUUUUUUGAGGCAGAGUAUUUAUCACCGCAGCAUAUUGAGAAAGUUGGGUCAAUGAGCCAAUGGGCUAAGCAAGGUACUAGUUCUUACUUCCCCCAAUAUCUCAGGCUUGGGUGUUAAAAGAACAAAACCAAACCAUAGGUGUAUAAAUUUUUAAAACUCCAGGUAAGAAUUGGAAAAAGAUGUUUUUAAGCAGUGUAAUUGAGAGAGACAACAGCAUAUUCUCAGAAGCACUCUGUAAAGUACUGGAAGAUUUGAAAGCAUUUAUAUCUUGCUUUAAAUACAGUAGCAGUUCAGGGAAUAAGGCCUCAGGGCUGGAUAACUGCUUAGCCCAAGCUACCAGUGCAGAUGGUUAAAAAGAAGUGUGAUUUCUGGCUCUGUAGAAAGGCCUUUUUUUUUCUUCUUUUUUUAACUGGAGGGGAAAAAAUUACUUGGGCCACUGGCAGACAGUUGCACCCAAGAAGCAUUUGAAUUGUACAGUAGCAGAAUAUAGGGAGGUAACAGAGCAGCAUUAACAUUAACCAUAGAAUCUGUUAAACCAGUUUCUUUGACUCAACUUUCUCUUUAUCUGUGACUAACCUCGUUUGUCUUAAAGUGGUGCAUAUUCUAAAAUACCGUUACUCUAGUAUGCCAUAAACUUGCUCUAGUCAGUGAACGUUCCUAAUGCUGCUGAUUCAACAUUUAAAUAUUUUUUUAAUUUGCAAAACAUGCAAUGUUUAAAAAACAAAACACACACACACACACAACACGUUACGUGGCUUCCGAGGUUUAAACUGAAAAAAAAAAACAAAAAAAAACAACUUCAUGACCACAGACCACCUCAAACCAGAAAUACCUCAAUUUUCUACUUGUAUGAGUUUUAUUAUAUAUUUUGUUAGUUGUGUUGUCUUGUAGUAAGUCUAUUUUAAUGUAAGUUGGCUUUUAUGACAAGGGAGUUUUAAAAAAAGAAAAAAAAGAAAAAAAGUUCCAAAAUCUUUUAGGAAGUGCUACCAUUUUUUGUUUUAUAAAGCACCAUUGUAAAUAACUGUAUACAGUUGUAGAAUAACUGCCUAUAUAAGGUAUCUGGGCAUUAUUCACUCUUGUUUGUGAAGGCUGUUUCCAUUUUGUGUUUGGUCUGUUUCAGUGAAAGGACAGUACAUCUUUUUAUUUAAUAAUUUUACUUUUUCUCAGAACAUAACAUCAAUACAAAAAUCAGUGUCUUGCUAGACUGAAAGUUAUCUUUCCUCCUUUGAUUGCCAGAACGUUUAAACUUUUAUUUGCUUUUAUACCAAAAUAUAGCCCUAAACAAAUGACCUUCUUAUGAUGUAAAAAUAUAUAUUAUAUAAACAAAUUGGGAUUUUUUUUGUCACUGACAAAAUAUCAACAAGGAAUCUUUGUCUAGGUGUAAAUCAUUAAGCAAACAAAAUUGCCAACUGAAAAAAGAGAUUAAAAUUAUUUUUCUCAAAAACAUGGCUUUUAAAACCUUGAUAAAGUCCUUGAUAUUGGAGAGACAGUAAGGUAGUUGCCUUAUCUUGUCUGUCUAAAUAAAAUCUUAAAUACUUUUCAAGUUAUUGAAUGUAUAUUUGCAUAUUAAUAUGUGCACAUAUGUAAGUGUAUUUGUGUAUGUGGAUGUUUCUGAUUUUUUUUAAUGUGACCCUGUUCAGAAAACCUGGACAAACACACAGGCAAAGUAAUAAAAUUCUGGCACAGUUCAUGGCCUAGUUGAUGGUUAACAUCUUUGGCCCCAGUGCUACAAACACCAUAGUGUUUAAAGUGACCCAUGCAAGUAGUUCUGUUGAAGUCAGUGGCAAUAUUCACAUACUUGAAGUUAAGCAUGUGCAUAAGUGUUUGCAGGAUUGGGGCCUUUCUUUUGCUCUGUGAAUACAUUUCUGCACUGAGAUUUAUAUACGUGUGGUUUAGUGGUUUGAAAAGGAGUGAUAAGCUUUGGGGUGGGAUUCUAGAUAAGACUUAAGAUUGAAUAAACUGUAGUUUUUUAGGUUUUUUCCUGAAAUGGGAUCCAGUUCAGAUUGUUAUGAAAAGUAAAAGCUGUACUGUCUUUUAACUAUUUUGAUCUUUGUGCUAUUCUGGAUUUUUUCCUUCAGAAUUAUGUGUUAUGGAUAAAACAGGCUUAUUACAGCAGUUGCUUUUUAAAAAACAAAACAAAACUGAUUUAUUUAAGAAGCUUUAAAGUAUUUAUUGAAAGUGCCAUAUGAUUUUCAAUAGCCUAUUAGACUUUCUUCCUCAACAGUCUCUUUUGAGGAAGAAUAAUCAAACUCUGAACGUGUAGCUUAUUUUACUUCAGAGAACUGUAAGGACAAACCAACGUUGACCAAACACUGAUUGUGAGAUACUAACAUCUUCUCUGGCUCUACAGUUCCUUACAGAUCAUUGUGUGAACAUAACUCAGUAACUGGUAAGAGGGAGUUUCUGCAGGGCCUGUAUGUUCAGUUACAAAUUUAAAUUUGACUAUGGGAUGAAUGUGUAUGCGCAUGCAUGUUAGUAUGUCAGAGAAGGAAGUCCUGAGUCUUGUCUACAUAAAAAUUUGCCCCAGUUUGAACAAAGGUGUACACGUUUAAGUUAAACUUGCAAGUUUUUCAUGUCAAUGAUUAUGUUCUCAUCAACUGCACAGGUUUCUAAUUACCAGUGAGUAGUUUCAUCACUGCUCAUUCUGCAUUUGAACGGUCAUUUUACAGUAUCCACUGGAAUUUUGUUUAGUAUUGUAAAGACAUUUCCUAAGACAGCAAUAAGGCACCUCCACAGGUGUAGCAGUUGCAAGCAAUUGGAACCAUUUCCCCCAUAACAUCUCUUUAAAUAUGAUUGACCAUAUAGUCUCAUUUUUGAAGAGCUAGUGAUCACUGCAUUUACAGACUUAAAGACAGCCUAUUUAAAAAGUACUCUUUAACAUUUUCAUUGCAGCAUCUUAUUAUUGGGAAUCAUUACUCAAUUUGCAAUUCAUAGUUUAAUGUUAAUUUUAAACAUCCUGGGUGGCAGUUGUCAAUGGCAAAGUUCUCUUUGGCUUCAGGAGAGUCAGGAUUUCAUCAGCAUUUAUCUUAACUCGGGUUAUGAGUUUGUCACAUUGACUUAGUUAUCUGGCUGACAAAAGUAUGAGUUCACAUUUUAAGCUGGGAAAUUCUACAGGAGCUGAAAUUGUCUAUACAGGAUAGAUCUACUAAAACAAUGAUAAUAUCAGUGUACCAGGGCUGGAAUUAGUGCAUUGCAUGAAUGUUUAAAUAUAUGUGCAUUUUAUAAGGGAGGCUGGAAAUUAGUCCUUGAUAAGCAGCAUUUAAUUUAUUCAUGCUGAGUACAGAUUUUAUAUUGCCCUCAUCACCAAGUAAUCUCUGCCAACCUAGCAAAGAAGUAAUCUAUUCAGUUUGUUCCCACCAACACAGCUGACUUGUUCUGUCACCCCGUACAAGUCUCUUAUAUGAGUGUCAGAAUAGUAUAUUAUAGAAAGUGAUUUUAAAAUGGUUUUAACUUCCUAGCAGAAGCCAGUGACAAUUUCUUCUUAUACUAAAGAAGACAAAGAAUAUGAAUAAUUUUGGGGCUACAGAUGCAAUAGAAGUAAGCAGCCACCCACAAUUCAGAUCAAGAUUUUGUAAAAUUAAUUAGAGCUGGUUUAUGAGUCCUUUCUUCAUAUUGCAGUCAGUGAGGUAUACUCAGUGUGAACUAGGGCAUCACAGUCUAUAUCAGAAUAAGAAUUUUAAGACAUGCACUGUGGUCCUAGCGCCUGUUAGAGAGAGGCUUAAAAUUCAACGAAUCAAUCACUUCCUAAAAUUUUAUAGAACCUUCUAAGUGAUUGCCAUCUAAAACAUAGUUUGUUGUUGUGUUACUGAUACUACAGACUGUUGGCUAAGUAUGAGUGAAAUUUUAAUGUAAAUGAUUUUUUUUUUAAAUUAAACCCAUCCUGGGUGAAAGUCAACUACUAAUUCUUCCUGCAGUGUUGUUAUGCUCUUGAACAGUUUUUAUUUAAAAAAUAUAGACAUGCUACCACACACACCUUAAGUAAGCCCAAUUCUCACUACAGAAGAACUAAACGACUCCCUAUAUUAAAUCAUAGUAGUAAUUUGCCACCCAAUCCUGCUCUCUAUAGUCAGGCAAAACUCCCACUGAGGUCAGUGAGAGUGUUUGAAUGUAGGAGGUGACCCUUACUGCAUGUGUUAUGUCUAUGAAAAUAAGCAUUUUUAAUGUUCAAGAGCAUCUCUUCACAUUUUAGGUUCCUAGAAUCAUUGGUUAAUCUAAGAUGCUUUAGUUUCCUUAGGUCUAUCAACACGUGCAAAGAUGAGUAUAAAACCCACUUGCAUUCAGAAUUUUCCACAAGCCCCAGGUUGUGGUGUUGAGAUAAGUGAAGGAGGAUACAGACCAAAGUUGGAAAGGGUUUAAAAAAAAAAAAAAGCCGUACAGGUUUGGACCUUUGUGUCGCCAUGGAGUCAUUUUUAUUAAGGUAUGAGAUGCAGUGUCUUUGACUUCUCUCAUACUUGUAAGGUGAAAUUCUGCUCCUCUCCCUGUGCCCACAAAAAGUAUUAGAUAAGAAUUAUACCUGUGGAAAUGCCAAGUGCGCAUGCUCAAUCUCUCUGAGUUUCAGGUGCAAGAUGCAGCAAAUGUCCCUCUCCAUUUCUCUGAUUAUCAAGUUACAUUUCACUCAGUACUGAGGUCUCAGUCCUGUUCCCAUUGAAGUCACUGACUGAUCCUGGAAGUUCAUUGGAUGCAGAAUUCCUGGUGGGAAUUCCCAUGUGCAGACCUUGUAGGAUCAGGGCCCUUCUUACCAGGAGUAGUGAUUUCUCCUCUAACAGUAUCUAAACUGAAAAACACAUACUAGUAUUUAAUUCCAAUAGCACUACCUUCUAGGCAGACUGUUAAGAGGUUUACCCAGUUUUCCGGGAGAAAGAACUUAUCUCUUAUUAGAAAGUAAGAAAUUUUAAAUUGUACAAGUUACUGCUUGAUAACAUUGUGAGCAUGCAGUUGUUGCAGUCCUGUCCAAGUAGUACUUUGGUUGAGAAGUUACUAAGUAAGAAGCGCCCCCGGCUAUAUCACUUUUGCAUACAGAAUAUUGUUUGGUAACAUUGUAAAUAAAAAGUAGACUAUAUAAUAAGCGAGGGAAAUAACAUUUUAACUUUUUUACUUUUGAAAAAAUAUAUAUUUUUAGUUACAUAAUACAAGCAAAAAUUCUACAUUGUGUGACUAUUCUUUUAUACCACAAAUUAUUUUUGUAAAGUGUAAUAUCUUUCUGCAGGGAAAAGGGAGAAGUUUUGUGUAACCACAGUAAAAUAUAUGUAUAUAAUUUUUAAUCUAACUCUGCGCUACAUCAGAGUAUAGAGGAUGGAACAAUUUAAUCUGAAACUAAUUUAACAAGCAGGUUGGAAGUACAUGGACAUGUUUUGGGGACCGCACUGUAUAUUUCCAAUUGGUUAUCUUGCAUGUUUCAUCCCUUCUGCAAAAGAAGCUUGUUGCUUUUGAAUGGCCAUCUUAGAUUUAACGAAGAAGGCUGUUUUCACAUAUCUAUGUGUGAUCAGUGUGCUGUCAUGCAUGUGCUGUGAUUCUACAGUGCAUUGUGAAAUCAGCGUGUUAAGAAUUUUCAAAGACCAAAUACUUGGGUUGACUUUAUUCAUUGACAUGUCCAUUUAUAGCAGUUGCUUCUGAUGCAUUGUUGAUAUGAUCUCUAAGGAACUGUUGACAGCAGAAACCCAAUAAAACAAAUUUCUAGAAAUCCCUUCCCUUCGAAGUGUAUAGAUGCCAUAAACAGGUCAGGCUUUCCCAGGAUUUUGAGACAAGUGUUCUGUUUUUCAGAAGUUGGAUUUCACUGGCAAUGUAAGGGAUGCUUUUUCUUCUUUUCUUUUAAAAAGCACUGGUGGGACACUGCCAGGUUAAAAAUCCUAUAAAUUUUCUGAUCUGUUACUAAUCAAAGAUGUUCUUGAAUUCUUAAAAAAUACUUCUAAAAUUUACUACUAAAAUUUACUUUUAUUGGCUGUUCACUCAGGGCUGUGAACAUUUUUGCUCUCUGAGUACUGUAGUUAGGUUGACCUAAUCCUUGGUGUAGACACAGCUACAUUGACAGAAGAAGUCUUUUGUCGCCUUAGCUACCAGCUCUCGGUGAGAUGGAUUAAGUACAUGAUAGAAAACCCCUUCUGUCAGUAUAGGCAGCAUCUACACUAAGGCGCACAAGCGACAUAGCUGCAGCAGUGUAGACAUGCCCUGAGUAGAAUCUUGGCCCUGUUGAAUUGACUUCAGUUGAACCAAGGUAGAUAAAUGUGUUCCUGGAGCACUUUUAAAAAGUGCCUGGUCAAUAACACGUGUAACUUCUUGUUCCCUAAAACUUCUGAUUUAGGUUAAAAUUCUACUCCAGUAACUGAAGUAAUAAUCCACGAAGUAAGUAGUAAUCUUCUCUAUUGAGACAAUUCCACUGAAAGAUCAUACUUCUGUUAUGUCCAUUCAGUUCUGAUAUGUAACACUCUUCUGUUGUGCCUUUGUUUUUAACAUGUAAAGGCAACUGCUGUAAUUUUUAACUUGUUUUUUUCUAUCUGAAAAAGAACCCACUUUUCAUUGCCCAGCUGUUAUUUCUGGAUGCAGUCUGUGAUCCAGGUAUUUCAAGAACCAAUUACCUCAAACCUCAUACAGUGUUGCUAUCUGGAUUCUCCUUGAUACUACAAUAUUGUAACAUACACAAACAGGAACCCUUCUACAUAUGGGUGUUUUUAUAUAUUUAAUAUAUAUAAAUGAAAAUGAUCCCCAAGGACUGAAGAAAAGCAAACUUUUUGUUUUCCAAUAUUGAAACCAAAAGGGCUUCUGUAAAGCUCUCUAAUGGCAUUGUGCUGGAUAUAUAUCAAGAGGGUGUUAUCUGAAAAGUGCUUCCUUUAUUAAUCUUCUAAUUUCUAUGAUUUUCAGUAUUUCAUUGGGACAGAUGAUGUGAUUUAAAAUGCUGUUCCUGCAUUUGUUUUGCUCUUUUCUGAAGCAGAGGACUCAGUGACAUUUCCAGUUGUUAAAAAAUCAGUGUAGAACAUUCCGAUAAGAUUAGUGUUGUAAAACUGUAGUAUACCACAGUGCAUUCUGGGAAGACUUAUGUAGAUUUUGUUUCUGUAAAAAGGAAAGCAGCGGCUGUAGCUUGUUCAGCUUUCUCUACUAUUCCAAUGAACUAAAGUGUAACCAGUGACCAUCACAGAGUCACUUUGAAAUCCUAACUGAGUAGUAGUUAGUGGCCUUUCUAGGCUGCAAAUUUACCCUCUAACUUAUAAAAAGAUGGCUAGGUGGUAAGGGUUUAGGAUGUCCAUGGUGUGUAAUAGCUAAAACCUGUCUCUGGAUAACAGAGGGCAUCUUGAUGGACUUUACCUUUUUAUUCCCCUGGGUUUGUUUUAAUACAGUCAGCUUCAUCGCUAACAGAGUAUUCCAUAGCAGUGUCUGGUUGAAGGGAAUUACAGCCCUAACAGUUUUUCCAGAAGGAAAAAAUAUAACGUUGUUCUCACUGGUCAUGUUUUUGGGAAAUGUGGAUUAAAAUUUGUUUUAAUUUUAGCCAGAUACCUGAUACACCAAUACAGUCUGCAAUUUUUCUAUAUGAAAUAGUAACAUUCACAUCCAAACAUGAAGUAAUUUAAAGGGAGGAAGGUGAUCUGUGACUUUUUUUUUUAAAGCAUCAGUGUUAGUGUAAGUGUUAAGUGUGUGUGUGUGUGUGUGUGACUAUUGAUGGUUACAGGGGAUCUUUGGUACACCUUUUACAAAGUAUUAAAGUCUCCCAGAAGAUACUUUUUAGAACACUGAUGGCCUUUCCAUGCAAUUAUGUAAUGGUGCAAAACCAGCUGUUUGGUCCAUCCGAAUUUAAAGAGGUGGUUACUGCAGACUAAGGGCUAGUCUAUGCUAGAGUUGCUACAGUGGCACAGCUGUACCAAUGUCGCUGUGCCGCUGUAGCGCUGCUAGUGCCUAUGCUCUAUGAUGACAGGAGAGCACUCUCCCAUCAGUAUAAAUUACUCCAUCUCCCCAAGCGGUGGUAGCUAGGUCGGCAGUAGAGCUGCUCCUACUGGCCAUAGCACUGUCCAUACUAGCGCUUAGGUCGGUGUAAAUUACAUUGCUUGGGGAGGAGAGGGGACUUUUCCACACCCCUGAGUGAUUUAAGUUAUACUGAAGUAAGUGCUAAUGUGUACAAGCCCUGAGUAACGUGCUUCUUGAUCUUAAUUCUAUGCCAUAAAUCCGCACAAUGCCAUUGUCAAUCUGUUCAAAAUAUCUGCUUAUGAAUUCUGCAUGAUCCUCAUGAUAGAGUUGAAGGCUUAAUCUUUCACCUGUUAAUAUUUUUUCACAUUUCUGUGAAAUUUGACUAAUUUUAUACUGUAAAGUUGACUUGACUUACGUACAGUUUGAUGUCAAUUUUUGUGGAAAGAGCUUUCUGCGUGUAACAUUAGACACAUACAGUUAAACAACACAGCAUAGUACAAAACUGAAAAUGUUUUGGCACCAGCAGAAAGAAAUUUCAUCCGAACCAUUUGCCAUUUUAAACUGUCAUAUUAUCAGUUUUACCAGCUACUUCUAAAUUUGUGCUUUAUUAAAAAAAAAUUAAAGAAUCCUAAGACUUGUCUAGCUUAGUGAAAAAUGUGUAUUAUCAGUUUUAGGAUGGAUAGCUAAGUCUUAUUACGCUGUGUUACUUAACUUGUAUAUAUAGAAUAUACAUAAGAGUUUGCAGUAACCUGUUUCUCCAGGAUUUCCAGUUUGAAUGAUUUAAUAGACUCUGACAAUGAGACUUAGAAGAUUGCAGAAGUAAACUGAGUGUAAAUCACAGGAAGCUCUAUCAGAUGGUGAAAUAAUUUUUAAAGAUUCUGUUGGUCCUUGGCUCAAAUUCAGUGAAUACUGUUUGUAUACCAAGAUAUGUGAAAUGUAAAUGUUGUAGGUUAUAUUUCACUCUUGUAGCUAUUAAAGAUGUAGAACAGAGCUAGCUUGUACUACUGAGUUAACAAAAGUUAUACUGAAGUAUCCUGUUAAAGAAAAAAAGUAUGCUGUAACCCCUUUUGGAUUGAAGUGUGCUGAUUUUUUAUAUAUAUUAUAUAUCUCUCUCUAUAUAUCUACAUAUAGAUAUAGAUAUAUAUACACAUAUAGAAAGUGGCCUAAAGCAGACAUCCAUGGUAUUGCAGUUAUGAAAUGAAGAUGUUUUUGGAAAGAAAAUUGUAUCAUAGUUCAUACAUUUGCAGUGGAUCUUUGUUCCUUUUUACUGUGGUAUUUUAGAAAUGAGUCUCAAGAUUGAAAUUAGAUCUGCCAAGCUGGGGUUUUGCUGCUUCAGCUUUGCACUGGGUGCCCGAAUAAACCAGUAUGAAUGUAGUGUUUGCCCUGUGUGAAGCAGCUACACCCCAACAAAUAGGAGGAAAAAAACUAGAAAGAACU